AUGGCCGCCCUCACAGAGAAACAGAAACUUCUACGAGAAGAAGAAAAGCUGACUCGAGCUUUGCAGGAUCUGAAGUUUAAACUCACCGCUCUCUCAGUUCAGGAGGAUGGAUCCAGAGCUUCUCCAGUGAAGCGCAGUGACAGCUGUUUGUUUUUGCCACCUGACAUGUCUAUAGUUCUUCUGGGAAACGACUGGAGACUGAAGGAGGCAGUGGGAAUGAUACUAUUGGGAGAAACAAAGUUCAGUCUGGAUAAUCUACAUAAAUGCGAAAAACUCAGUGGAACAUUUAAGGACAAACCAGUGACUGUGAUCCACACUCCAGACCAUCUGCUCACUACAACCUCUGAACCAGAACAGAUGAUACAAGAGAUUAUAGAUCAGAGUGGCUCUGGUCCUCAUGUGUUCCUGCUGCUUCUAGAGUCUGAAGACUUCAGCGAGGAAGAGAAAACCAGACUAGAGUCAAUCCUGGAGAGUCUCAGUGAGGAGGCCUUUCAACAGACACUAAUGCUUAUGUUCAGGUCUCGAAAAGAGGAACCAGAGUUCAGGGAGAAAUACAUGACAGAGCCACAUGUUAAGGACCUGAUCAUCAGAUGUAGAUACAGAUGUAUGUGGAUGGAACACACUUCCUUUGAUCCAUCUCAUCCUGAUGUAGAGUUCAGACGUAAAGAGCUGUUUUCCAGAAUCAGUGACAUGUUGAAGAAGUCCCCUGCAGAUGGUCUGGACCCUGAGUGUUCUGAAGGAGACACAGAUGUGACCGAGCAGAAAGUCUCUGUGAACCUGGUGCUGUUUGGAAGCUCAGCUUUGAAGACCUCAGCAGCAGAGUUCAUUGGAAGGCGAGAGGACCUCUGUGCAACCAUCAGCCCAGAACCAUGUGAGAAACACCAGUGGGUUAGGGUUAGAGGGAGUGGGCUGUCUCUGCUGGAGCUGCCAUCUCUGUCUGGAAAACCUCUGGAGACCAUGAUGGAGCAGUGUCUCCACUGCCUCUCCCUCUGUGGUCCUCAGGGCGUCCAUGCCUUCAUCCUGGUCCUACCUCAGGGUCCCCUCACUGACGAGGACAAAGAAGAGCUGAGGAGGCUCCAGGACACACUCAGCCCUAAGGUUCUUCCUUACACUAUGGUUCUGUUCACUGGGGACUCAGACCUCACUGCUCCAGAGAAGGUUCUCUUUGACCAAGGAGACAUCCCAGCUCUAACAGUCGACCUGAAGAACCAGGAGCAGGUCUCUGAGCUGCUGCAGUCUGUGGACACUUUAAUGAAGAAGAACCAACCUCACGGCUUCACCACCGAGACUCUGGUCCGAGGACAGAGUGAGAUCAUACGUGACCAGAAGGGAGAAAGAGAGAAAAGACCAGAAACAGGGGAAGGAGAAUGUUUAAGGAUUACUCUGAUCGGGAAAACUGGAACUGGAAAGAGCUCCUCUGGAAACACCAUUUUGGGAGAAGACAGAUUUUUAACCAAACCAAGUCCAGCUGCAGUCACUAAAGUUUGUCAGAAAGAAGAAACUACAGUUGACGGACGCCGUGUUGUCGUAGUGGACACUCCAGGACUGUUUGAUGAAACCUUGUCUCAUAGUGAGGUGGAUGUGGAGAGGCUGAGGUGUGUGAGUCUGCUGGCUCCUGGACCCCACGUCUUUCUGUUGGUGUUAAAGUUAGACAGAUUCACAGAAGAAGACAUAAAGACUGUUGAACUCAUCAAACAGGAGUUUGGUGAAGGUCUGGUAAAGUUUAUGAUCAUUCUCUUCACACACGGAGAUAAGCUGGAGCGUAGUAACACCUCUAUACAGGAUUUCCUCAAAGAAACCGUUGAACCCUUUAAGCAGCUGCUUGGGCAGUGUGGAGGCAGAUACCAUGUGUUUAACAACUAUAAGAUUAAAAACCGUGAUCAGGUCAAAGAGCUGCUUAACACCAUUGACCUCAUGGUGAAAGAGAAUAAUGGAGAGUGUUACACCAGCGACAUGCUGCUACAGGCUGAAGCAAAUACUAAGAGACAGAUGAUGAGGGAGAAGGAGGAGCUCAGGGAGAAGAUGGAGAGAGAGAAGGAUGAGCUCAGGGAGAAGUUCGAGAGAGAGAAGGAGAAGAUGGAGAAGAAGGAGAAGAUGAAGGAGCUGAUGUAG